UUGGAUGGUAUGUGAACAUAAGGUAUGUCGUUUCAAGCGAAACCAGAGUAAGAAAAAGCUAUAAAUUGUCUAUUGGAAGGAAGCGAUGUUCUGGCUGUUCUUCCUACAGGAUUUGGAAAGAGUUUUAUUCAUGAAAAGUUUUCUGAGAUCACGAAUUCUGGGGACGGUCCUACUGUUGUUUUAAUUUAGUUAUCGCGCCACUAGCAAGCAUUGUGAACGAUCAGAUACUACAUCGUAACAUUAAAAAUCCUGGUACUGCUGUUGAGUUGUCAAAGCUUACGACCGAGGAUCUACAGAAAUCUACUUUCAAGCUUCUCUUCUGUUCAGCAGAGGAUGCAUUUCGUCGUGAGUUUACCGAAGAGCUCAAAUCUUCUAGUGAUCUACACGAACGUCUCUCUUUGAUCGUUGUCGAUGAAAUGCACACGGUUGAAACGUGGUCUGGAAGACGGUCGGACACGUUAGAAGACUAAACUUGAUUGAUGGUGCUGAACAUAAAAUGACGACAGUCGCUGUACACCCUCCCAUAUUUGAAAUCCCCAAUUUUCUUUCAAAUGAAGAGUGUGAUCAUAUAAUUGAGUUAGCAAAGAAGGAAGGCCUAGAGACGUCGCAAACAGUCAAGGAAGGAGUCAAACAGGACAUGAUGGCGCUAGGAAAAAAUAACAAAAAAAAUUUUGAUAUUUGGGAUCCAAACAAAGAUGGACAAAUCGACACUGACGAGAUGAUCAAAGGUCUGGAAACUAAUUUGGACUUCACCCCAGAUAAGGAGACUCUGCUCAUGAUGUAUGAAUCCUUGGGAUUGGACAAAAAUGAUGACGGAAGUAUUGACUUCGAGGAAUUUAAGCAGAGGGACAUUCCUGAGAUGGCCAGGUACAUAGGAAAAGUGAAGAAAGAAAAACCGCAUACAAAAAGUCGACAUAGCCGUCAAGCCUGGAUUCAGAAUUACUCGGGGAAUUCUGAUAACAUCAUGGCUUCUUUACAAGACAGAGUACAACGACUUACAAAUCUUCCCUUGGAACUGAUCCUGGCCAGCGAGUAUAUACAAGUGGUAUCAUAUGGUCCAAUGGGCCAUUACAACUGUCACCUGGAUUCAGACUGGGUCAGACCCAAUAAACCAUGUUGUCAUUAUGCGGAAAAUGAGCUUGAUCAUUGUAGAGUUUGCAGAUACGCAACGAUACUGUAUUUUUUGGAAAACGUCGAGGAUGGAGGCGAAACUGCAUUCCCUAUUGCGGACAACACGACGUUCAACGAAGAGGAAUGGAUGCGUGAUGCAAACAACGUGUGUAAUUUAGCCAAGAACUGCCAAAAGGCAAAUGUUGUAGUUAAACCAGAAAAAGGGAAAGCCGUGCUAUGGUACAACCAUCAUGUUGACAACUCCACUGGUUGGCUUGGUCCACUUGAUCAGUACACUUUUCACGGUGGGUGCGACGUUAAGCGCGGCACCAAAUGGAUUGCAAACAGCUGGAUUAGCGUUGGAGAGGACAGAGAUAAAGAUAUCCUGAACUGGAUCGAACUUGCUGAAUACGAAGAGGAAAAAUCUAACGCAAGGCGUUCAGUAGAUUCGGAGAAAGAUUCAAUCCACGAAGAAUUGUGAUUGUGUUGCAUAAAGUUGGACUGGGACUAAAAAAAAGGCGCUGAUAAACAUAACAUGAAGAGUUGUUACGAUUACGUUAUUUAGCGAGCACCAUUCGCUUUUGCAGAGCCAUUAAUUGGUUGAACCCAACCGAAUUGAAUAAAUACCACCUUCAAAUCAAACAGUAAGGCCUAAUUUGCCCAAAGCUUCCAGGUGAAGAUAUCCUUAACGGAUAUGGUUGUAAAUCGCACAUAAAUUAAAAGUCUUGCUAAAUCAAUGUAGAACUUGUUUCGAUGGUUAACUAAAUAAAAUGCUCAUUGAAUACUUUAUAGUCA